AUGUCUACGGAUAAUCAUAACAAUGAUGGGUUUCCAUUUAUUCCAGUUGCAAGAGAUUCUGGAAGUCAUGAUUCACAUUUAUUAGAUAUACAAGAUAAUAAUAAUUCACAAACUCCAUCAUCCCCGAUAGGAGGAGGAGGGAAAGGAGGAAAACCAAGAUCUCAACGUUCUUCUUCUAACCCUCGUGUUCAUCAAACGCAGGCUGAGGUCAUGAACGAGCAUUCAUCAAAUGAUCAAUCAGGCCAUGCCAUGACUACGGGCCAUCAAAUGGUUGAUGCAAUUCAGAGUUGGUGGAUUAUGGCUAUAUAG